AACAAACGAAGAUAAUACUUGGCAGAAUUUAUAGCAAAAUGAAAUUCAUUGGGUAAAUAAGGAAAUUCUUAUUGUAACAGUUGCUAUGAAGCUUGAAGAUAUUAGUUAUAAUAAUUUACAAAAUGGUAGAUGAGACAGUUCCAAUUGGAUUGUUUUUAGUCACCUCUGGAAGUAAAGGAGAUCGUUUACUAUUUCGCUAUCCCUUUAUUUUCGAUGUCAAUAGAGAAAAUGGUGUUAAAGGUAGCAAGAAGAGUCCUUAUGCUAUACUAAGUGAUCAUAAAGAUGAUUUGAGAAUUUCCCAAGAAGAAGGAUUGGAUCCUAAAGAAUGUAAUUUAAGUGGAUUUGAUGAUAAGCUUUUAUCCACUUUGUUAAAACCAGGACCUUGUGGCCAAAAACUCGAGCUUAAAAUAGAAAAUGUUAGAUUUAUUGGGCACCCAACUCGUCUUCCUCAUGAUCCAUAUCGAGAACUUUCUACAAUUACUAUGUUUAAUGUUGUUUUUGCUCUUCGGGCAGAUGCAAGUUAUUCUGUGGUGUCCUGUUAUCAUGAUCUGAGUCAUAGAUUGGCUGUUGCUAUCAGGCACGAGGAAAGCCGAUGUAACUACCUCACUUCGCAGGUCAAACUUAUGCAGAGUGCUCACGAUGAGAUUGCAUCUCUACCUGAAGAUAAUGAGGAGUCUCCUUUCCAACUCAUCCUUUCAAGAAGUGAACUUGCUGUUCAACUGAAAAUGGCUUUUGUUGAUCUGAAAACAAAUGGAAUGGUUCGCCUCAAAAUAAAUGGCUGGAUCGAGCUUAGUUUUUGUUUACCCAAUACAUUAGAAGAGGAGAGGCUGUUGAUAGAGCCUGCAUGUAUUCAAGCUUGUUUGAAGAACUUGAGGCCUUACCAUGGUUUAUUAUUACUGACGGGAGCAACAGAAUUACUGAGUUCUCUUCCCGAAGAUUCCUCUCCUGCUCUCAUAAGACUUAUCAGUGUGACAAGCCCCCUAAAGAACUUUCAACAGUUGGCUGCUGAUGCUGACAUAAUUCUAACGCACGUUUUUCAAUUAGUGAGUCACCUGCUGUAUUGGGGCAAGGCUACAAUAAUAUACCCUAUCUGUGAGAGUAAUUUCUAUGUUAUCUCUCCUCAUGCACCCACCGAAAUACACUCCCCUUUGGUGCCAAAGUUCAAUGAGAGGUUUCCCAACUGUUCCCUUCUCAAAAUCCUAAGUAAAUUCUCUCUGCCCAUCUCACUGAGUGGACUACACAACCCAAUCAAUUCGCCCUAUCAGCAGGCUCAACAGGUUCAAAUGGUGAUAUGGAUGCUUCAGCAUAGGCUACUUAUCCAGCUGCAUACGUAUGUCUACCUCAUUCCAUCUGAGAGAUCGCCUGCUUGCUCAAAUAUUCAUUCUUUUGAUUUAAGCUACUCAGAUCAAAGUGAUGAAUCUCAUUCAAAGGCAUCUUCUGAAGAUGAAGAUCUCUCUCUGAGGGAACAGGAUUCCAUUCGACAGGCCAAUCUCAAACCCACAGAGAGAGACAUUCUCAGGGAUUCUUCCUCCUCCUCCAACAGCAAGGAAGAUUUGAAGAAUUUUCUCAGGUUUUGUCGCUACUUCAGAGGUCAGCAUCAUCUUGAAGAGAUCAUGUAUUGUGAAAAUAUAAGGCGAUCCCAUCUUCAUUCUCUUUUGGAUAAAUUUAGAAAAAUUCUUAUCACUUGCCAAUUUGAAGAUGCUGCAGUUUGUGCUCUCAACAAUCGCAUCUGAACUUUAACAUUUUUUAAAAAUCAAUUUUCAGUUGAUGUUUUAUGACAUAAUCCCUGAUAUUUACGGAAAAUAUAUAUUUAAGUUACAGUUGAAAAAGACAGAGAUAAAUUAAUAUUUUUUUCUUCUUCCUAUUUACACUUUCUUCUCACCUGCAUAUAUCCUACAGGAAUUAUAAACCUCAAAAUUGGCAAUUAAUUUCUUUUCGAAUGAGCAAAAAAAUAGGAAUCAUUUGUAAAUUGAUGAUGGAAAAUUUUUUUUCAAAUGAUAAGGGACAUUUAUAAAAUAAAUAUGUGAAUAUUUAUCAGUUCUCUUCAACAAAAAUGUAUAUUUAUUAAUAAAAUGUAUUUUGUUA